CGCGACGGCAGCGCAAUGAACGGCGCAUGCGCGGGACGUCGAGAAGCGCCUCGAAAGGACCCGGUGACCGCGAGACUUCCGCCCGAGGAGUUUAAGCCCCGCCCCUUCCGACUCCGGGAAGCAGCAGGUCCGCAGGAUCCCUUCGCCCGCUCCGCUCCCAUGGCGCUCCUGUGGUCCGGUGGCCGCUCGCUCCUGCCUCCCCGCGUGGCCGCCCUCGCGGUCCGAGCCAGCUCCUGGUGGGCUCACGUGGAGAUGGGCCCCCCCGACCCGAUCCUGGGGGUGACGGAGGCCUUCAAGAGGGACGGCAGCGCCAAGAAGAUGAACCUGGGAGUCGGGGCUUACCGGGACGACAACGGGAAGCCCCACGUCUUGAACUGCGUCCGCAAAGCAGAAGCCCAGAUAGCUGCUAAGAAGAUGGACAAGGAAUAUUUGCCAAUAUCUGGGCUAGCAGACUUCAACAAGGCAUCAGCUGAACUGGCUUUGGGAGAAACAAAUGAGGUUAUACAAAGUGGCCGGUAUAUUACAGUACAGACAAUUUCUGGAACUGGGUCUUUAAGGGUUGGCGCUAACUUCUUGCAACGAUUCUUCACCUCCAGCCGUGACGUGUUCCUCCCCAAGCCUUCCUGGGGGAAUCACACACCCAUUUUCAGAGAUGCCGGAAUGCAGCUACAAAGCUAUCGUUACUAUGACCCCAAAACGUGCGGCUUCGACUUCACUGGAGCUUUGGAAGACAUUUCUAAAAUUCCAGAAAGGAGCAUUAUUCUGUUCCAUGCCUGCGCUCACAACCCCACUGGAGUGGACCCUCGUCCAGAGCAAUGGAAGGAGCUGGCGGUAGCGGUGAAGAAAAGGAACCUCUUCGCCUUCUUUGACAUGGCCUAUCAGGGUUUUGCUAGCGGGGACAUAAACCGAGAUUCAUGGGCCGUCCGUCACUUCAUUGAGCAAGGCAUUAACAUUGUACUCUCCCAGUCAUACGCCAAGAACAUGGGCCUCUACGGGGAGCGUGUGGGCGCCUUCACUGUCAUUUGCAAGGAUUCCGAGGAAGCCAAGAGAGUGGAGUCCCAGCUCAAGAUCCUGAUCCGUCCCAUGUAUUCCAACCCCCCCAUCAAUGGGGCUCGGAUAGCUUCCAUUAUCCUAAACAGCCCUGAUCUGCGAAAGGAAUGGCUAGCAGAGGUGAAGGGAAUGGCCGACCGCAUUAUCGGCAUGCGCACCCAACUGGUGGCCAAUCUGAAGAAGGAAGGUUCUUCUCAUAACUGGCAGCACAUCACGGAUCAGAUCGGCAUGUUUUGCUUCACGGGACUGAAGCCGGAACAGGUGGAACGGUUAACCAAAGAAUUCUCCGUCUACAUGACCAAGGAUGGCCGCAUCUCCGUUGCAGGUCUCACCUCGAGCAACGUGGCUUACCUGGCUCAUGCCAUCCACCAGGUGUCCAAGUGAACAGGGAGGAUUGUCUGGAUGGCUUCGUACUCUGGCUAGGCUGGGGGGAAGAGUAGGAGGAGCAGCAGUGCGUAGCACAAGCAUUUCCCUUGCUUUUCACCAUCUGUCACUUGGCUGUGUGUCAUGCCCCACCCUUCAUCGCCUGAGGUGACUUCCGGUCUUGUGUGCAAACACUCCGGCAUCCUCUGAGCUGGGCUAGGAGACUCUCGGUCUCUGCGAGGGUAGCUUUCCCCAGGACUACAGCUCCCAUAAAUAGCCAGCCUAAUUUCAAGUGCGCCCUGUUCAGUCUGCUUGCUUGGAGUGGAUAUCCUUCUCCCAAACUCUGCGCCCAGGGAUUCAAUGCAAGCUCUCAAGGAAGAGUGGCUUUUUUUCUUGCUAGAAAAAGUUCUCGUCAAUCCUAUGACAGGAAUCUAAGCUCACGCACACACACACACACACACACACACACACACACACACACACACACACCAAUUUCCCAAUAGAAAGCAGUUAGCACAGUAUUUUAAACUAUUCACUGACAGGUUUAAUUCUGAAUAACCAUAACACAUUAAAUUGCCUUUCUUUCCUUUGGGGUCUUUGAGAAACCCUCGUAUGUGUCCAGGAUGGGAUGCUUGCGUGGAAAGCCUUCCUCCUGGGGUAGAAAGCUUUGCAGAGUUGGCCUAUGCUGUGGCUCUUAAAAAAGACAACUUGCCCAUGUUAGUUUUUCUCAGCUGCUCAUCUCACCAAGGAAAUAUUCUUUCUCCUAUUCAAAAAUUAUUUUUAGUGCUGCUUCAGUUCUGGUAGAGAUAGUUGCUCUAAAGUAUGUGGCAGAACGUCCACAGAAAUGGAACAUCACAUACAUUAAGUAGGACAGAAGUUGCAAAACUGACCCCCAAUAUUCGCACUGCAAGCCCUCCUUUAUGUUGUGAACACUUGUAUGAUGGACCCCUGAAUCUUCUCAUAUGUGUCUCCCCCCCAUCUGAAAGCAGAGGGCAGAGGAAAGUGGCAAUCGGCUGCUCAACCAACGAGCUUUACUAGCUGCGCACCUGUCCUGUGCCAGGUUGAUGCCAGGGUGCCUCCCCAGCUGCACCGUCUGAUUGUCCCUUCAGAACCCCAAGUGGGGAGAAGCAUUCUGGGGAACGGGGCGACCUGCACAGCUGCAGCCAUCAAAUGCCUUCUGCAGUCCAUCCAUCCUGUGACACAUUUUCUCAAAUGAAUCAGUGGAACAGCAAAGCCACCGAAAGAGACACAUGGUAGUUGUGUGGCUGCUGAGAAAACUGCCUCUCCCACUUGGGAAGCCAAGCUCAGAA